GCAGCGGAAGAAGGGCGGGGUCACGAGGUUCGCUUCGGGUCCGGCGCUGCGGGGUCCUCCCGUAAAGCUCGGCCUGGCAUCGUCUGCCCGCGGUCCGUGUGGGGCUGCCGCGUGCUCUCGGGCGCUCGGCGCCCGGUGCGGGAGUUGCGGAGGCGGGGCGCUGCGGGACGGGACCGCUGGCGGAGGAAGAAGGGCUUUGUGGGCGGUGGAGGCGGAUCCGAGCGGACUAGAGAGCUUAAGGCCAAUUUGUGGUAGAGUCUCAAAACCGGAUAGCAGAAUCGAUGGACCAGGGUGAGCUUCUCCAGGAGCUCAGCCCCAAUUCCUUUCCUGCUGGAGUUUCCCUGGCUGUGUUCCAUGAUGAGUUUCUGCCGUGCUCGGUUUCAUGGGCAAGUCUGAGUGAUGUGUAUGCGAAAGACUCCAGGGAACUAAACACGUGCAUGAGUUGAGGUCCUGCUGACAGCCUGCGUGGAUUCCCUGCCUGCCGAGGAGGGGCAGCGGGUUGGUUACCUCCCCCCACGCGGAGGCUGGGUGAUGUUUUCAUUGCUGCUGCUUGGGAAGCUGGCUGGGAAAGACAGGGACGAUUGGAUCUGCUGAUCCCAGCAUGGAAGCAAAGCCAACAGACAGAGCUGCUUCCAGCCCCAAUACAAGUCUUUUAUAGUUUCUGGGAAAGUCACUUAAGCCUCUUAUACCUUAUUUCCUCAUAUAUAUUGAGACUGAAUCUCAGCACAGCUUGCCUUCCUGAGCGCAGCCAGUGAAAAUGAUGGCAAGAUUCCCUGCACUGUGUACCCUGUGGUUCCUUCUCUCUUCAUAUGCAACAGUUGAAGUUAUGGCUACAGAACACGUACAGGAAUUUGCAUGCUUCUCUGACUAUGCCAGAGAGCUGGUUUGUCACUGGAAGGUGCCUCCACAGCUGAACUGCUCCAAGGAAUUCCUGCUCUACUACGAGGUGGAGCUUCUUGCUCUCAGAAAUGUGUGCCUCCCUGAGGAUGGAAAAGAGAGUUUCACAUGCACUUGCACAAUAUAUUCUGAUUAUUUUGUAUCAGGCCUCAACUAUAUUCUAGCUCUACAGUUCAAUGGGACCAGUGUGUGGAAUUCCACUGUUAGACCAGCCAAAGUUGUUAAGCCAAGGGCUCCCAAAAAUCUUGCCGUUGAGAAAUCUGAGAAUGGUAAUUUCAAUCUGAGCUGGGAGGAGAGCUACACUGAUUCAUCUGUACUUUUUGGACAGUCAGUCAUCUAUGAAGUAAAAUACUGGAGCAAGCAGCGCCCAGGACAGGUUUCUGUGGUCCCAGUUAGCUACCAGACAAGAAGCUUUGAAAUUACUGCAAGCUUCUUGCAGAGAGGCUAUGAUUACACUGCAAGUGUACGGUGUAAGUAUGUAGAAUACCCAGCCUACUGGAGUGACUGGAGUGAUGGAGUUGAGUUUCACUAUGAUCAUCAAGUAACAUCUGAAGACAUCCUGCAGAUGGCUGUUCCUGUAUCUUGCAUCCUGAUCAUGGCAGUAGCUGUAAUUUGUUAUUUCUGUUUUGCCAAAGUGAAGAAAGAAUGGUGGGAUCAAAUCCCAAACCCAGCAAAGAGCCAUUUGGUUGUAAAAAAUGUCAAGUUUUCAGUCUUGAGCUACAUUGAUGAAAUGAAGUUCCCUUUCUAUGAUUCGAAGCAGAGUCACAUGGAAAAGCAAACAAGCUGCAAGAACUGUCUGGCUCAGAGUUUGUCAAGCCAAAACUUCAAGGAAAAAGAUAACAUCAGUAACAUUGAGAAAUCUUGCAGUUGCUGCAACAAGCCUGGAGAGUGGUUUCCAAAAGGCAUUAAUGCAGUUUUAACCCCUGAGACUGUUCUUGUUGAAGAGUCUGUAGAAAUCUGUGAGUGUUUAACAGACAUUGAGGCGGAGAGCCAGGAAAAGACCAGCGACCAGAUCGCCGUAUUUGGGUCUUGUGAGUGCAGUGUCAGCCCUCUCAGAGAGCACACUGAGCACAAUGAUGCACUAGCUAACAUGUUCAUGGAGCUCUUGGCAGAUGAAAAAGGCAUGCAAGAUGAUAAAGAGCCAGGCAUUAUUACAAGUGAAAAUAAAACCUUCCAGAAACUUGAGUCAGAAAAUCCUUCUCAAAAAAAUCCAAAAGUAAGUGCAGUCCAGAGUCAGCAGUCACAGUCAGCUUCUCAUUUCACGGAAGCCUCUCAGGAUGAGUACAAUUGCAGUACAACCAGCAAGAAGUCAGCACAAUCAGAAGAAUCCUUUGAAUCUGGCUAUCGGAGCUCCAGCACAAAUUCUGCUUCUCUGGAUGCAAGAGAUAGUCCCUGUAUGCUUCAACAAAGCCUUUUGCCAUGCAGUUCUGAAAGUCAGCAUGACUCAUCUGUGCUUAUUUGGGAAUCUCUAAAUAAACCAGCCUUUGAAGGAAUAAGCAGCCCUGCAUACAAGAGCUUUGAUACCCUCAUAUCUCCACCUGUGGAGCCCUGUAGCUCUGCAUACAAGAGCUUUGAUGCCAUAAUGUCUCCAUCUGCGGAGCCUUGUGGCUCUGCAUACAAGAGCUUGGACACCCUUAUGUGUCCAUCUGUGGAGCCCUGUGGGUCUGCAUACAAGAGCUUUGAUGCCUUAGUGUCUCCAUCUGUGGAGCCCUGUGGCUCUGCAUACAAGAGCUUGGACACCCCUGUGUCUCCAUCUGUGGAGUCCUGUGGCUCUGCAUACAAGAGCUUUGAUGCCCUAAUGUCUCAGUCUGUGGCUAACAGUAGCUUGAAUAUGCAUUUUGAAAAUAUGUGCUCCUUACCAUCUUUAACCCCGUCUUCAGAGACACAUGCAAACGAUGGAGUUUCAGCUUUCCUACCAGAGGAGGAAAUUCAUAAGCAAGCAACGUAUCAAAAUCUUCAAAAGGAAGGCAGCGUGCUUUCUUGCCCUGCUGGACUUCAGCCAUCUGGUUAUAAACCUUUUGAUGCUGCAGUUAAAUGUAGUGGGGCGCAAUUUGACAAUAGCAGCGAGGUUAUCUCAGAGUCACUGUGCGAACCCUUAGUUCAUCUUCUGUACAACAGCCUGAGAGAAACACCUCCAGGUAACAUAAUCUGUGAACCUGACCAGCAGACAGAUGGCCAUGUGUGUUUGAUUGCACAGGACUUCCAUUCUGGCAUUGCCCCAGGUGUAGGCUCUAGUGAGAAAGUCACACACAGUAGUAGUGAUGACAGCCUUUCGAUUGUCAGCUCUAAUGAGCUGUUAAGCGAUAAUGGAGAUGAAAACACCAGCAGAGACAAACAGCUGUCUCAUUUCUUAGAGCUGAACUGUCAAGAUUUUAAUGGAGAGAGAACUAUAAAGGAAACAAAACAUAAUGACUUUAACUGUUGUGAAGGAGUGGAAGGGAGCAGCAGUAACAGAAUAAAUCCUGACUUCCAGCGUGCCCCACACAACCAUUUGAGGAAGUUUGGAAAUGCAGAGGAAAAAAAAGGGGUGGCAAACAGAAGGUGUAGCUCAGCUAACGUACCUGAAGAAGCACCGGACAGCAUUGUGCUAGCCUUAAAAACUGCGGAAGAGCCCCUGGAGCUCUUGGUCUCAGACGAGUUGUCAGCUCCUCUUUGUGCAGAUAACCCUCAUCCUUCUGAUUCUCACACCACUUGCACUGGGAGUUCCGGUCUGGCACCUGCAGUUAAAAAAAGCCCAUCAGAACUAUUAAGGGAAAACAACAAGAAGAACGAGAAAAAAGUUAAACUUCUACAAGCUCUUGCCCAGGAGGACAGCUGUUACAUGAAGGUCGCCUAGCCAUGUUUCCCAAGACAACCAAAACCACCUUUGGAAAUGAACUGCAAGGCAAAUUAAAUUGUGCUUUAUUAUUCUAGUCGUGCCUCCAGUGAGGGCUGCUGCAGUUCAGACAUGGAUUCACUGGGUUGUAACGCUCAUGCCUGCUGCUGGACAAUCAGCUGGUACAUGAGGCAGACCCUUGGGUACAGAAGGGGCUAGCACCUAACAAAAGGAGCUACUGUACUCUCAGGGAGGCGAAGCCAGAGCGGAACUUUCUCUGGUUGUGAUCUUUCUCUGAAAGUGAGCAGGAGCUGCAUCAAGUUGGAGUUCUUGUUCAGCACAGCUCCUGUGGUUGUUGCUCUGGUUCUGUGUGUUGCUUGGAAGGCACAAGAGAUGACAUGGACGGUGCUGAUGCACCUGGAGGUGAGAUAGAAUCAUAGAAUGGUCUGGGUUGGAAGGGAGCUUUAAGAGGAAGUGACUGAUUUGCACUGAUGGCAUCGCACCUUCAAAUAUUUCUUUACUGGGGGUGUCCCGUGUACCUGGCACCAGAAUGUGGUAUGUUUCUAUAUUUGCUCAAUCAAGAUCUGAAAUAAAGAUUACUGUUAUUUGGUCUUAAGAAAUUA